AGCCAGGGUAGAAAACGAAGCCAGUGGUCAACACGUACAUAGGAAACCUCACCCGCAUUCGAUUACUUCUUACAGCAGCGUAGAUCCCCCUCUUUGCGCCACUUCUAAUCCUGAUCCCGUCCCGUUUAUGGUGCUCUCAUGUCUUGGACCUGGUUGCUUCUGAUCAAAGUACUCCCGCACUGUUUCUGAUUCUCGAGUGCCACGCCAUACUGAGUGCACAACCUAUACAACCUUAUUCGGAUGAGUCUUCGGUGAUUCGCUGACUCCAGCCGAGUUGAAUAUGUCAGUUCUACUGACACUGAUCCCUGUGAUAAUAGGGCUUUCUGUUGUACGCUGUGACUCUUCUUCUUCUGAUGAACAACCACGUAGUUGCCCGAAGCCCACGCUGCAUAACAUAUCCAAUGAAACAAUCCUACUGGAUUCAUACAAGCCCACACAAACAAUAAACGUCACAUGUAAGCAGGCGUUUGCGGUGAAUGGACAAAGGACCCAUGAACUGGUUUGCCAGACCAAUGGCACAUGGUCGCCUCAGCCUCUUCCGAUCUGUGAGCUACUUCGCUGUCCUAAGCUCAACUUAACAAACAUAAAGCAAGGUUUAAAUCAGCCAUCACUGAAGAGUUUCUACAGCCCUGGAGAAAAGGCAACAUUUAAGUGCAGAAAUGGCUGGAGGGCGAACAACAAGAAAAUUCAUACAUUGGAUUGCCAGAUGAAUGGAAUCUGGUCGCUGCAACCAAUUCCAAUUUGUGAGAGAGUGAAAUGUCCCGACCUGCAAUUUAACACAACGACUAUUGAAGUCGUCACUGCUGAUGCCCUUAACUCAACCUUCAGUUUCCAGGAUAAAGUCAAGUAUCGCUGCGCACGCGGAUACUACUUCCCAAAAGAUACCUCUAGAGAAAAAAAUAUAAGCUGUGGAAAGGAUACUGCAUGGAAGACGUGGGAAACAUGUGAAAAAAUACCAGCCAACAUGAGCUGCCCUCCACCGACUCUGAACAUGAGGGUUUAUCGGAUCCACGGAACCACGGACUCCGAAGACAAAUUUUUCUUCUAUGACACAAUCAAUUACAGCUGUGUUGAAGGCUUCGAAUUCCAUGCCCAAGCCAAAUCACUGGAGAGCAGAGUAAACAAGAUUCACUGUACGAGAAAUUCCACUUGGUCACAGACGCUACCAUGCCACCUCGUGCAGUGCAAGAGUUCGACACAGCGAUAUCUCCUUCCUAAUCAAACAGUUGCCAACUUUAACGAGAGUGUGACAUUCACAUGCAAACCGGGUUACAUCAACAGGCAUGGCCGGCGUAAGGAAGGUCCAGGAUAUACUGAUUCAGUAACGUCCAGAUGUCAAGCAAAUGGAACGUGGUCAUCAAAAAUUCCUGAUUGUCGCCGUGCAUCAAAUAACAACACCUGUCCGUGGAAACUCUGGAAAAAUGGAGCCAAGAGUGGCCCAGGAAAACUCCUCAUGUACGACAAACUAGGAAACUUGAAGAAAACUGUGCUGAUCCAAUCUGUAAACAGAACGCGUGUAUGGUUCACCGUAGGAGGCAAAGGAGUGCUACAGUGUGAGAAUGGGUAUCACGUGACCCGUGACGGGUCGGAUAGUCACAAAGGAAAUUCCAAUUCCACCUGCAUUGGUGCAUAUAAUUGGACGAAUGGCACUCCCCUCUGUGUCCGUGAUGUCUGUUCACAUCCGAGCACAAACCAGAAUAACCCAACCCAAACCUAUAGGUUUGAAGACCCUAUAGAAUAUCCUUGCCAAGAUGGGUACGGAGUCAACAUCAAUGGAACUUGGAUGCUAACUCUGUCCACCACAUGUCAGGCAUACGGCAUAUGGCAUCCGUCACUGGACCAUUGCCGAACCAUCACGUGUCUACAUCCACCUGCAGAUGUUCUCCACAUUCGACAGACGAAUAAAUCCGAGUACAGCGUGAACGAAACUGCUGAGUUUGUGUGCGAAUAUGGCUAUUGGCUGACACGCAACGGAACAGGUCCACAAUCUCAGCUACCGUACUGUCAGGCAAACGGGACCUGGGCUCCUACGGUGGUUGAGUGCCGGCUGGUCACCUGUCCUUGGACAUUGCCUGGCGAUGACAGCAGCACCUUCGCUAACGGGAGUGUAGAAGUCCUUCAGACAUCAGAAUUCAAUACGUAUACGUUGCCAGAGAACAGUGUCUCUACAAGUGUGCCGAUAGGUAUCACACUAAAUAUAACCUGCUCUACCGGGUUCACUAUCCCCGGGCAUGGCAAGGACGUCAUUCAGUCUGAAUGCAAUGCCUCCGGUCUCUGGACGCUUGACUUGCACAACAUACACUGCGAAGAGAUCAAGUGCCAGCUGGAGAUUCUCACUAUGCAUAACAUUACUGCCGCGUUGUACGUAGCAAAAGGCAACAAGAGCAUGGAGUCAAUAUCAAUCAACCGGACCGAUAGCGUUAGCUAUCCGUACUCAACACAACUCAAUGUGACGUGCAAGGAAGGGUAUCAAAUAUCUCAACUAGAUGCUCAUGAGCGGAAUUUUGUUUCUGCGUGCCUAAGUCCUGAUGGAGCGUGGGUGCCGCCAAUUGCAAAGUGUGAAGAGGUCACGUGCAGUCAGCCCAUUAUCAACAAGUCAGUUCAUCUCGAGAAUGCAACAGGUUCCAGGUACAAUACAACACUCUCAGUAGGAUGUCAACUGGGCUAUGUAUGGACAACAGGUGAUACGCCAGGAAGCGACACCAAUGGCACCAUAACAUGCCAGGCAACGGGCCUUUGGUCUCCGGGAACUUGCGAAGUGGUCACAUGCAGAGAUCCUGUUGUGAAUAACACAUUCCCUUUGGAUAAGACAACAGCAUACACAUACAACACAACUCUGGCAGUUGGAUGUCAAAUUGGUUAUGGAUGGGCAACCAAUAGUAACGCACCAGGAAACGAGACCAAUGGUACUGUUACAUGCCAGGAAUCGGGAGUUUGGUCUGCAGGAACUUGCCAAGAAAUCACCUGCAGGUUGGAGAUACUGACUGGGAAUAAUUCUACUACCACGUUGUACAUAGACGAAGGUAACAACAACAUGCAGGCAAUACCAGUGAGCCGGUCCAGAAUCACCAGCUAUCCGUACUCAACGCAGCUCAAUGUAAUGUGCGCGGAAGGCUACCACAUUUCUGACCAGGUCACUCACCAGCGGAACCUCUCAUCCACGUGCUCAAGUAUCAAUGGGGCCUGGGUGCCGCCAGUUGCUACUUGCCAAGAGGUAACAUGUAAUACUCCCGUUAUCGACGAUUCAUUUCUAAUGACGAAUAAGACAGCUUACGAGUACAACACAACUCACUCAGUUCAAUGUCAGCUUGGUCAUGUAUGGACAACCACUGGUGAAACAUCAACGAACGAAACCAAUGGCACCAUAAUAUGCCUGACGACGGGAAUUUGGUCUCGAGGAUCUUGCGAAGCAAUUACGUGUCCAUCUAAAGAGAUAGCAAAUUCUUCUUUAGGCGACACAGGAGACGCUUACUACGGAGAGAAUAGAAGCGUCUUCUGCAACACUGGCUGGUUCUUUGUGAGCAUUGCGCACCAGGACGGUGAGAAUGAAACUGGUCUCAACCCGAAGUCAGGAAGUCAACAACAACGAGUGGGUCACGUUUUCUGCGAGGCUGAUCGAACCUGGUCCCCAGGAUUUUGCUCGCUUGUUUCGUGCCCAACCAUUCCGGUCAGUAAUGCGGAAAUCAACGAGACUGGCAUUGGAUAUUUUCAAGACCAGAUCAACGUGACGUGCAGGAUUGGAUAUCAGUUUGUGAGAAGCACAACAACCACAAUGAACACGAGUGAAUAUCUAGAACUGUUUCAACAGACAGGGAAGAUGUCAUGCCUUGCAAACCAGUCUUGGACCCCUGGACAUUGUGCAGAUGUCGUAUGUCCAUCACGAGAGCUACAUAAUGCUGAUGUUCGCUCUACCGGAGUGGGAUACUUCAGCCAUAAUGUCAGUGUUACUUGCAAUUCCGGAUACGAAUUCACCAGUAGCUCGGCUGAGAAUGACACUGAGACCACUGGAUCACGUUUUACAUAUAAUGCCACAUUAGUCUGCCUAUCGGACAGUUCGUGGACAGAAGGAGAUUGCAAAGAUAUCAAUGAGUGUGCUGACAACAGCAGAGAUGAGCUAUGUCAUCAAAACGCCAGUUGUGGCAACAGUCCAGGCUCCUACGCAUGUACUUGCCACGUCGGAUAUGUCGGUGAUGGACAGAAUGUUUGUAAUCCAAAGGUGAUGAUCAACGUAGCCAAAGGCCUCGACACAGAUCUCAUUGUGUUUGAGCGGAAGAAUGUUGAUGGGGAGUGGGAAUUUUCUACUUUCUAUCCAAGCCCGACAAAUUCCACCCACUUGACCGAGAACUUCGAAAAUGGAACAUUUGCCUUCGUCACCCACGAGCGUGAUUCACUGAAGGGAAAUGAGGAUGGUUGGAUGCAAACAGUUCAGUUCCAGAACACUCCUCACAGCAGUGAGAUACAAUGGGUUGUAGAUAUUGCAGUGAGUGGAGGCAAUAUGAUCCAUUCAAUUCAAGCACGGGAGAGUACGGUCGUCAAGUUUACACGACUACCAUGGCGUACAACUAUCCUAGACGAUCCACGGAAUAUUCCACACAUUCAAUAUCGCACUCUGGAUUUCGACUGCUAUUCAACGGAAUGCCCUUGGAUAGAAGAAAGGCUGAACAGAACGGAAUUUACAGCAGCUCUCAAAGGUGGAAGUAAUUAUGAAUUCCGUAUGUUCAUAAAGAGGACAGGUAGAGAUGCUCGCAGUGUCGCUGACGAAGACGGAAAUCCUACAACCAGCCACUACACAGUACCUUUGUCGUUUUACGUCACCGAGACAGACAAUGUUCCUGAUGACAUGCAGACCACAAGUUCAAUAGUGACCAUCCUAGCUGCCCUCCUGGCUUUAAUCAUCGUCUUGGCAGUAGUUAUGGCCAUUGUUGUGGUUUGGUAUAGGAAACAGCGAACCGAGCCGUUCGCCACACUACAAAGUAAUGGAGUUCGCCAUCGAGAUCCAGAACGGACGGAUUCGAGAGGGAAUUUGUAUGUGGUUGCACUGACUGCUGUCAGCGGAAGAACGUCUCCAGAAGUGAAUCGAGAGGGGAGAGCAAGUACAAGUGUAACCCCCGUUGCUGAACAAGGCUCACAGUCACCAGAAGUCGAGACUAGCCUGGACAAUGCUACCCUUGUCGUUCAGCCACAGAAGAACGACUACAUUUCCCGACCUGAUAACGACCCAGUUGUGAAUGGAUCAUCUCUCCACUCACCGAGUGUGCCAGGUUCCACGGAAAAUCACAACGGGCAGGACAAGGCUGAGGUGACACCAGGUACCAUUAUACACGGUGGAGAGUCGGUGACAUAUGCUCAAGUGGAGCUCCGCACACAGCCUGCUCACAGCCGGGUGAAAGAAGACGCCGCCGCCGUUCUUGACGCUGAACACGUCGAUGAUUCAGCCACAAGACAGGAGGGGCAGUACAUGCAGGUGAUUGCUGGGAAUGUUGUGACAGCCGCUCCGAUGGGAAACACAAAGAAGGCAGCUGCUUCUUUCACAAUAGUCGAGAAUCCCUAUGACGGUGUUGGGCAAGAUGCUUCGAGUGGACCUGAAGGCAAGAGAGAGAUAAGCGAUGUCCCAGAGGAGAACCCCUACGCGAAUGUUCCGACCGAGUCCCUAUCUCAAACUGAAGAGCCAGAUGCUACUUGUAAUAACCAGGAGGAGAAUGCAUACGCAAUCGUUGGGGAUGUAACUGUGACAGCCCAAACCGAGCAUGGUAGAACACCCGAAGAGAAUCCGAAUCACCUGCAGUACAUACAAGUUAUAACUGGAGGCCGCAACACAUCAGAUACCAUCGACAAGAUAAAAGAGUCGUUUUCGCCUUCCAGUCCUGACGUGACCAUGUAUGCCAGUGUUCAGCAAUGCGCUUCAAUUGAUCCAGCUGGAGGGCUGACCACUACCCAGACGACACCAACUACUACCGUGGCUGUGACGACAUCCGUCUCGUCCUCGCUGCAACCGGACAGUCGGUAUGAGAAGAUUGGGGUGAACUCUAUCAAGCAUCUAGAACGAUUCAGAGCUGGGCGGGAGUUUUCGUGGUACGCUGGAAUGUGGAACCAGACCCUACAGGGACCAUGCUUGCAGGUCAUGGUGAAGAGGUUGGCAGUUCAAGUCAUGGGCCAGGACUACAGCGAACUGAAGAAGGAAGCCGAUACAUUGAGCAUGUUCUUCCACCGCAAUGUUCUGGAGCUAUACGGAGUCGUCCAGCAUCUGAAUGAGAUCAUCUUGGUGUUAGAGCUGGCUCAAACGACUCUCCUGGAGUAUCUACCAACAAUGAACUCAGAAGACCCAUCGAGCCAUGACCGCAUGAUGACGUUUCUGAAGGACAUCGCUUCUGGAAUGCAACACCUUGCAGAGCAGAACUACUCACACAAGAGGCUGUCCUCCGCCGUUGUACAUCUGAAUAACCAAGUUUGCAAGAUUGGAGGCUUCUCACCGAAGCUAGAAGACGCCCAACACGAUCCUGCGGUUGCAGAGCUGUAUCGCUCUGUGUUUACUGCUCCAGAGGGUGGAGAUCAAGAAUCACGUGAUGUAUGGAGCUUUGCCUUUGUCAUCGCUGAGAUCUAUUCCUUCGGAAAGCAGCCACAGCGGGACAUCGAGGAAGGAAAGAUGCUGAAGACCGAUCUACCAUACAGACCUGCGAGUAUAGAGAUCUGUCCAGCCGAAAUCUUGUUUCUUCAGGCGAGGUGUUGGGCCAAGGUGCCGUCGGAUCGGCCCAACUUUACCGAGAUUUGUGAAAUACUGCAUCCACUUUGAUUGGAGGACUUCACGGGCACGUGGCCGCUUCGUAAUAGGGUUCUGGCUGGAGCUUUCCUCAUUCCUUAGCCUUCAGUCGCUCCUUUUCUACUUGUACCAUUUAAUGUUUCUCCUCAUUUUCUCAUCAAGUACUAUCACAAAAAACGUCUCACACCUCCCCGGAACAAUUUCUUUGUAUUCAACUAUCCCGUACAAUUCCGAUACAUGAAUGAAUGGAUCACGAGCAUGAGUCUCUCCUAUUUACACGUACUUAAUAUGGACAGGAUGUAGUCAUUUGAAAUCUCGUAAAACAGUUUCUCGUCUACACAUGAUAAUCCAAGUGUUUUCUAUUCUAUAUCUUCCAUAAUCCCCUCAUGCAUGUACCAUUUUCGGUAAUUUGCAUUCCAUAAGAUGUGCAGCCAUCACCAUAAUUGCUGAUCAUGAAACAGACUCUUAAUUUUUGUGAUAGGACACAUAAUGACAGUAUCUCCAGUUCAAGUAUAUAUUCUAAUCAGCCGUAUAUUCUCAAGACCAUAUGAGUGAUCCUUUACAUGAAAAGCAUCCAGCUACAUUGUAACACUUCGUUUCGCAAUUUCUCAUAUCUAAAUUUUUAGGUUUCUUCCCCUUCUCUGAAAUUUCCAUGACUCAAUUAUUUCAGGUAAAAUCAGUGAACAGUAGUGGUCAUGUUAUAGCGUCACUGGUAAGUGCUAAAAGAGUUAAUUCACCUUGAUGUUGCGCAUGAGUAAGAUGUCAUCGGCUGCGCAAUUUUCCUCAUCUCUCCCUCGAUUUGACUUGCUUCACAAUUAUCUGAUUUGGAAUAGGAUCAAUGCCAGAUCAAUAAAG